AUGGCGCAGUCGUCCCAGAAUGCAUUCAUCCAGCAGUGUUUUGGGCUCGGCUCGCAGGACACGCUAGCAGAUGAGACGCAGUGCGAGAGUGCGCCGGUGCCUGUACUGAAAAAUUUUCUGCUGCGGCGGCGCGCAUCUCGUGCACCGCCGCAGUUCAACGCGGACGGCUCCGAGACCAUCGAGUGGGCGCGCUACCAAUCGGCACAGCGCCUGCGGGAGAAGUGGGAGAGCAUUUAUGCUCGGUUUAAAGACGCGCACUUGGAAGAUCAGGACGAGAUAUACCUGGGCGUUGCGGGUGAUGCGCCGCGCGUGAUCCGCGAUCGGGGAUCCUUGCGUGCGCUGCAGCACCGCCUUCCGUUUGGCUCCUUUAUCCGCGAUGAGGAUUUGGAUGCACUUGCCGUGCAUGAAGAAGGCGAUUAUACCGCAUACGAUCCACCUGUGGCGCCAGAGGUAGCGCUGCAAGAAAGCGGCGACCCCGAGCUCCAGGAGUUUUUGCGCCAAGAGGCGCGGCGGCGUGCGUUGCAUGGCGACGACGACGACGACGACGUGGUCGAUUUGCGCAGCGCCUCUUUGCACCCCGGCAUGCCGCACGAGCACAGCGUUUCUGGGGAUGUGCAUGACGCGCCGGACGCUGCGCCUGUGCCUGAUAUAGCGCUGGAGCUCGAUAUCUACCACGCCGUCAAGCGCGAUGCCAUCGAGCAUUUGCUGCGCACGCAAACGCUCGGGACGGCGCGAUUGCCAUACAGCGAUAUACCCGGGAUGCACGAGUUUUUAGCAUGGAACUGUACAUAG